GUAGCAAUUAGUGUCUCUGAAGAUCCUUUGAUUGGUUACUAUGUUGAUGUUGGAGGAGAACAACUAUGGAUUGAUGUUUUGUAUGCUACACUCCAACAUGGACUUGCACCUGUUUCUUGGACCGAUUAUCUUUAUCUAACGGUUGGAGGAACACUCUCAAAUGCUGGAAUUAGUGGCCAGACGUUUCGUUACGGACCUCAAAUCAACAACGUUCAUGAAUUGGAUGUCAUUACUGGAAAAGGAGAUUUUGUAACAUGUUCUUCUGAAAAGAAUUCAGAGUUAUAUAACAGUGUUCUUGGAGGUUUAGGACAAUUUGGAGUUAUAAGUAGAGCAAGAAUUUCUCUUGCGCCAGCUCCCACAAUGGUCAAGUGGAUGAGACUCAUUUACAGUGACUUUUCAGCUUUUACCAAAGAUCAAGAAAGAUUAAUCUCAAUGAAUGGAGUAAAAUUGAACUUUUUGGAAGGGAUGGUGCUAAUGCAACAAGGUUCCAUAAAUAAUUGGAGAUCCUCUUUCUUUCCUCUAUCUCAUCAUUCAAGAAUAGCUUCUUUAAUAUCUACACACAACAUUCUCUACUGUCUUGAUUUGGCUACAUAUUAUGAUCAUCAAUCUGACAAAAUGGUGGACAAGGAGAUUCAAGUUAUGCUUCAAGGACUAGCUUAUAUUCCUGGAUUUCACUAUGAGAAAAAUAUUUCAUAUGUUGAAUUCUUGAAUAGAGUCCGAAGUGGAGAAUUGAAGCUUCAGUCACAAGGAUUGUGGGAUGUUCCUCACCCAUGGCUUAAUUUGUUUAUACCAAAAUCUCAAAUAUUGGAUUUUAAUUCAGGUGUAUUUAAGGAAAUAAUGCUUAAAAGAAACAUCACUAAUGGAAUUGUCCUCGUUUAUCCCAUGAAUAAAAACAAGUGGGAUGAUAGAAUGUCAGCAAUUACACCAGAAGAGGAUGUUUUCUACACAGUUGGAUUUUUACACUCAGGUGGAUUUGAUAAUUGGAAAGCAUAUGAUGCUCAAAACAAAGAAAUUUUGAAGUUUUGUAGUGAUGUUGGCAUUAGGGUUAAGCAGUAUCUUCCCAACCACAAUAUACAUGAAGAUUGGAAAAACCAUUUUGGUAGUAAAUGGAAGAGUUUCUUAGAAAGAAAACAUGAGUUUGAUCCUAGAAUGAUUUUAUCACCUGGACAAAAAAUCUUCAACAACAAUUAUUACCAAGCGUUUUAA